AUUCAAAUUUAUUGAUAUUUAUCCUUCUUUACCUUUUACCACAUCAUUUACACCACCUUUUAACUUAUCCAACACCAACAAAAUAAUCGUCACCAUGAAGCUUCUCGCAUUACCCCUCGCGACUAUCUUAUGGUGCUUAUUGGUGUCAGAGGAUGUUCAAGCCAACAUUGGUAAAGGUAUUCCUUCCCAUGAAAACUUGAUCCCUCGUGUAGGAAAGACAACGGAUAGAAUCAAAGAGUACAACGUUAUCAGAAGAUCUUCCCACGCACAUAGCCACAGAACAUCAAAACGUGCCUUGUCCGAUCAAAUUUCAGAAAACGUAGCAAGAGCUGCAAAGAUAGACGGUCUUUCAUUACCUCUUUUGCAAAAGAGACAAAGUGGAUUCGGAGCUACAACUUCAAACAACGACCCCGGGGAUGCAGCUCAACACGGAAGUACCGAAGAACAAUCUGCUGGUAUCAAUAAUGCAAAAGUUGAAUGCACUCCAUACAAUUUACCCGCUAUUGCAACGAUCAAAAACAUGUUCCCAACAGUUUGGGAUGUUGCUGAUUUGCUUCCAAGUGAUACUGAAGCAAUCGGAUUUAUGAAGACAAUCAACGCUUCAGGUUUGAUUCCAUCCGACAUUGGCGUCCGCGGCACGCAACCAGCUUCUUUAUCGGGAGCAGGUCUUGACGGCUCUUACCCAUUGGGGCAAGAUCCUGAUUGUUGGUGGACUGAUAAACAAUGCACAACUCCAAAACAUCAAGGUUUGUUGCCAGACAUCGUAACAUGUGACGAACCUAUGACCUGGGGCUACACAUUCGAUGACGGUCCUAAUUGCACGCACAAUGCUCUUUAUGAUAUGUGGAAGGAGAACAACCAAAAAGCAUCCUUGAUGUAUAUUGGAUCGAAUGUUAUCGAUUGGCCAUUAGAAGCCCAAAGAGGAAUCGUUGACGGUCACCACAUCUGCGCUCACACUUGGUCGCACAAGUAUAUGACCGCUCUCACCACCGAUCAAGCAUUUGCCGAAUUAUGGUACACAAUCAAAGCCAUCAAGUAUGUUAUGGGAAUCACAGUCACAUGCUGGAGACCUCCUUACGGUGAUGUCGAUGACCGUAUCCGUGGUAUUGCACAAGGUUUGGGAUUGCGUACUAUGAUGUGGAACGUUGACACAAACGAUUGGAACGUUCAACCUUACGGUCCAAUUCCAACUGCAUCGCUUCAACAAACCUACUCGAGUAUCAUUUCAAUGGCAACUCAACCUGCUGCUGCAACAGGUGGUGUUAUCGUUUUGGAACAUGAACUUGAAGAUGCAGCAAUGAACAUGACAAUUGAACAAUACCCUGCCGUCAAGAAAGCAUGGAAGAAUGUUGUUCCUUUGACCGCUUGCUUGAACAUCACAAACCCAUACCCAGAAGCCAUCACAUACCCAGACUUUGCAGAAUAUACAAGUGGAAACGUUAAUGCUAAAGGAUUGCCUGCUUCAAACAUGAAAGUUGCAACAAGCGGUUCAAUCGUUCCACAAGGCACAAUGAGCGGCGAAGGAGGUUUGGCCGCAAACAACAACGCAAAGAGCAGUGCCAUGGGAUCAUUCUCACUACCUUCCAUCUUUGCCUUAUUUACCAUGUCGAUCGCGGGAAUGUGCGGUGCACUCUUUAUUUUCCUUUGAGCAGAUUUAGAUAUUCUAAAUUCUUAUCACCAAUGAACUUUAUAACCCUUUCCAAUACACAUCAUUACAUGCAGAGCAUAUAUUUCUACUUC